UCCGAUUUUGAUCGUGUUAUAGCUCGCUCGAGAAAGAGGAAUGAACCCGAAAUCGACUCCUUUGUCACUUCUUCUCAUACUUUGACUUCCGCUUUGAACACCAAGUCUCCGGUUCGGAUGAGUCUGGCGCGCACAAGCUCCCUUUCGGGUCUUCAAUCUUCGGUUCAAGCGAGUGCUGUGAGCUCGAGGCACAGAAGUGAUUCAGCCAGCAGUGGGGAUCGCGUAGCUCCUGCAGUAACAAGACCGAAUAUCGACGGGCCUGUGCCGGACAAGACCAAAGUCAGUAUGACAUCGACGACCAGUAAGCGGAAGCGGGCACAUUUGCCCAAGGUGAUCCCCGAGCAUCAGCAGAUUUUCAAGGGUCUUAACUUCUUCUUCUUUCCAAACAAUGACGUCUCGCCAUUCCGACGCCUACGGAUCCAGCGAGCGCAGGAAUACGGGGCUCGAUGGGCACAGUCGUGGGAUGAUGAGAAUAUCACACAUGUCAUAGUUGACAAGGGGUUGACUUUCCAGGAAGUUUUGAAACAUCUGAAGCUGGAGGAUUUCCCGUCAACUAUAGCUCUUGUCGGCGAGGGCUAUCCGGCGGAAUGUAUCAACUUCCGGGCAAUUCUCAAUACGACGCAAAGCCGAUUUCGCGUCAAGGGAGCGCCGGUAUCCACUGUGGUCAAAGAACCAGCGCCUAUGGAAGAAGCACCUUCGAGCCAAUCCCUGCCGUUAAAGCCGGCGGGGAAGCAUCUGCAAGCCGCGACACCAUCCCAAAGUUCUGCAGUUUCAAAUGAUCAGGUCCCCGUGGGUGUCAAUACAGCACAGGAGCCUCCGGAGGCUAGGCAUGAAGAGACUGUUCAUGAAACCCAUUUGCGGGAACGCGAUGCGUUGGAUGAUAUGAUUGACGAGGCCAAAGCCGUGAAAGAUCUGCCCCUCGAGCCUCUAGAAGCCCUUGAUGAAGACCCUACGAUCGAAGAAUCCGACGCCGAGACCGAGGAGUCGGGUUCUGAGAAACCCAUCGCAAAGAAAAGGGGAUCAAUACAGAAGGACACCAAAGCGACGGGUGACUGGCAGCAGAAGUUUGCAUGCAUGCAGAAACACGAUGCAAAGUCGAACGCCGAAGGACCGAAUACCAGGACCAUCGAAGUCCUUCAGCAGAUGUUGGACUACUACACCAGGACGGAUGAUAAUUGGCGUGUAAUCGCUUAUCGAAAAGCCAUCUCCGCCCUUCGUCGACAGUCCAAGAAAGUUGUGAACCGCUCCCAGGCCCUCGCCAUCCCGGGAAUAGGAACACGCCUGGCGGACAAGAUCGAGGAAAUCGUCUGCACGAAUCGCCUCCGUCGCCUAGAGAAUACGAACACCACGGCGGAGGAUCAGAUCCUUCAACUAUUCCUUGGUGUCUACGGGGCUGGGGUUUCGCAGGCAUCGAGAUGGAUCGCUCAAGGCUAUAAGACCCUGGAAGAUCUUCAAACCAAAGCCUCGCUGAGUCAAAACCAGCGCCUGGGUGUGGAACAUUACCAUGACUUUUCCCAGCGGAUCCAGCGCAGCGAGGUCAAGGCGCACGGCGACGUCGUCCGGCAAGCCGUACAAAGGACCGACCCUGAAAUGCAAGUCAUCAUCAGUGGCUCCUAUCGACGUGGAGCGGCCAACUCGGGCGACAUCGACGUGCUCAUCACCAAGCCCGACGCGACCAACGAGCAGAUCCGAACGAUGAUGACGGAAGAUGUGAUUCCUCAACUGUUCCGACAGGGAUUCCUCCAAGUCAGCCUGGCUAGCACGUCCCGAGGGGACGGCUCGAAGUGGCACGGUGCGUCCAAGUUGCCAGGCAGCCCCGUCUGGCGUCGGAUUGAUCUUCUGUUCGUGCCGGGGUCGGAAAUUGGGGCUGCAUUGAUCUACUUCACGGGGAACGACAUUUUCAACCGGAGCAUGAGGCUCCUGGCGCGAAAGAAAGGCAUGCGGUUAAACCAGCGAGGGCUCUAUACCGACGUGCUACGUGGACCACGGCAGGUGAAAGUCACCACCGGUCGACUUCUCGAAGGACGCGACGAGCGACGAAUCUUCGAGAUCUUAGGGGUUCCCUGGCGACCUCCCGAGCACCGCAUAUGCUGA